GUUUGAAAAUACGCCAUCUGGUGAGGGAGGCUCGUUGCCAGUCUAUGUGACCCAAAUUCCGCUGCUCACGUUUACAGACAGUUCGGGCUGCCGAUUGGGUAAUGCACAUAAAAAUCACCUUUGUAACCUAGCUGCCUACUAUUCACCCCGCCAAGUGAAAUCUCGGUGCAUCGAUCGCUGCGCAGGCUUAAAUAUCACACCUGGGUUGGAAAUACAUUUGCUCACAGUGACAUUGCGUUCGUCCUGCUUUCAAGAACAACUCUUCAGAUUCAACACAACCACCUCUUUAUUCGAGAAGAUGUCGGACUACUCAAAGAAGAUGAUGAACCAUAUCGGUGGUGCAGGUGUCAUGUCCUGCUUGUCUCUUGCGCGGGAACUGGGAGUGGUAGAUGUGCUGAUGGAAGCCAAACAGCCUCUUACAUCACAGCAAGUGGCUGACAAGCUAAACCUUAGAGAAAGGUAUGUCCGUGAGAUCCUGGGUUCCCUGUCUGUCGGAGAAGUCAUCAGUGUGGACGACACGUCCACCAAGUUCCAUGUUCCAGAGGAUCACAAACAAACAUUAGUGGCAGUGUCGGUAUUUUCCAGACUUAUUCCCCAGUUUGGUAUGAGAUAUAAUAAUGUCAAGGCUUGUGCUCAACAACGGAACCCUGGCGGAAUGGUCUACAGCGAAAGCCCCGAGAUGUUUGACAUAUUGAAAGAAAUUUUGGUGACAGUCAAGAAAGAUAUGGUUGAUACGGACAUCCUGCCUGCCAUUCCUCAGAUCGCGCAAAGGUUAGAAUCUGGGAUCAAAGUUGCGGAAUUUGGCUGCGCAACAGGAGUCAUCAUAAACACAUUAGCCUCUCGAUUCAAGACCAGCACCUUCCUUGGUUCGGACGUAGCAAACGAGCCACUGGAAGAAGCCAGAGCAGAUGCAAAUAGCCGUGGUAUUCAGAAUAUCACUUAUAGCACUGACAAUAUUGACACCAUAUCUGAUAAAUACAACGAGAGUUUUGACUGGAUACUAACCCGCGAUGUUAUUCACGACCUAACGUAUCCACAGCAAGCUUUAAACCAGAUCUAUCGGUGUCUGAAACCAGAAGGUAUUUUCAGCUUGAUUGACGUCGGGAUAGAGGGAGGAAUUGCUGGCAACAUUGGAAAUGCUACAUCUAUGUUUUACUACUCGGGAAGCACAUUUAUGUGCAUCCCAGAGAGCUUCCGCCAGCCUGACGCUGCAGCGCUUGGGGCAACAUGGGGUGCACCUUUGGCAAGAGAGAUGGUUGCCAAAGCUGGUUUCACCAUCAUAAACGAGUCUACAAGUCGCACUGAUGAGAAGGAGGUCCACUUUGUCUGCCAGAAGUAGCUUUGGUACACGAUGGGUGGUGUUUUCAUCCUAUGGACACUCUUGACGUACAUUUAUGAUGCUUUGACCUAUUUAGAAAAAAGUCAAGCAACGUUUUCCAGAUAUGUCAAUGCUGCAUUUUAUAUCAGGAUAUGAUUCCAAACAAUGUAAAGAGAUUAAGCAUUAAUGUUCUACUUAAUACACAGAGAGCUUGAGCUUUUUAUAUCUGUCUUCAUGGAUGUAUACUUAUUUCUGACUUUAUAGUUGAGCUUUUACUGUACUGCCUCACUGAUGGUACCACAAUUUGCUGGCCUGCUUACAACACACAUUUCAAAACACAGGCCAAUUAAUCAUCUCGAGAAUGUUGCCUUU